AUGUCGGAGGGCGAGAAUGCCAUGUUCGGCGCCCUCUGCGGCUGCAUCGAGACGACGCUGCUGCAGUCGACCAACUACUGGAAGAAUGCGGCGCAGCAGGGGCUGCCCUUCACGCUCAACCCGUCUGUGCUCUACCGUGGGUAUGUCGCCAACCUAUUCAACAACGGCGCGGCGACGUCGUCCCAGUUUUUCUUUGGUGGCAUCAUCAAGAAGUCCAUGACUGGCGGCGCCGACCGGCCGCUCACGGGAUCAGAGACCAUCACCGCCGCUGUCGGUGCCGGCGUGCUCUCCGGGCCGGUCUGCAGCCCAAUCGAGCUGGUCAUGAUCCAGCAGCAGCGCAAGGGUGGCAGCCUGUUCGGCACGGCGGCUGAACUCGCGCGCGGAGGCCACCUCACCCGCCUCUUUUGCGGCGGCUACAUGGGCGUGACGCCCGUGAUGCGUGGUUGGCUUCGCGAGAACUACCCCGACUCGAUUGGAUCGACCGAGGACCGCGCGAGGCUGGCCGCCACCCUCAUCUCGACGCCGGUCUGCUCCUUUGCCUCGCAUCCGCCCGACACGCUCAAGACCUGCCUGCAGGGCGACGUCGAGCGGACCAAAUUUGGCGGAUACAGCCAGACCGCGAGCACGCUCGUUGGAGAGAGCGGCUAUCCCGCCCUCUGGCGCGGGCUGCCCUGGCGCUGCUUACGCCAGAUAUGCGCCGUCUUCAUCUUCGACAAGCUGAGCGCAGAGCUCGCGCCACGCAUCUUCCCGCACGCCUUCCACUGA